AUGGGGUCUGAUGAGUCGUACAAUUUUGUCUUCAAAGUGGUUUUGAUAGGGGAGUCUGGAGUAGGAAAGAGCAACCUGCUGUCUCGCUUCACUAAGAAUGAGUUCAAUCACGAGAGUCGCACUACCAUCGGCGUCGAGUUCAGCACGCGGACUGUUCACCUGGACAACUACACCAUCAAAGCCCAAAUAUGGGACACAGCUGGGCUGGAGCGCUACAGAGCUAUCACCUCAGCGUAUUACAGGGGAGCAGUUGGAGCACUGUUGGUUUAUGACAUUAGCAAGCACCUGACUUAUGAGAGCGCAGAUCGAUGGUUGAAAGAGCUGUUCGACCAUGCAGACCCUCACAUCGUGGUCAUGCUGGUGGGAAACAAGAGAGACCUGGACGCCCUCAGAACCGUGCCCUCAGAGGAGGGCAAGGACUUUGCAGAGAAGAGAGGUCUCUUGUUCAUGGAGACAUCAGCCUUGGACUCCACCAAUGUCGAACAUGCUUUCAAUGAAGUCCUCAUAGCGAUUCAUAAGAAGGUGGCCAGCAGGGAGGUGACCCGCGGCUCCAUCUGUGCCGUGACCCUCUCCAGCCCCAUCGGACCCAACAGCGAGACACAGGAGGGGCGUAGGAACUGCUGCCAGAGCUCCUAACAGACUGCUGCCCUGUAAAGAUCUGCUCUCCCCAAGUUGAACCAAAAUCAUGCUUGACUGUUGCUGAAGCUUAAGCAUGACAUC